UUACCGCAGUAUCUUCACAUUGUCAUCUUUGGUUUCGCCCUGAUCACCAGCAGUUUUGAAUGUACCAUGGCAGCCCAAUUUUUUAACAGGCUCGGUCAGAUUGGUCUGGGAGUGGCUGUAGUUGGCGGUGUUGUUAAUUCCGCAUUAUAUAAUGUGGACGGUGGCCACAGGGCUGUUAUAUUUGACAGAUUUGCUGGUGUAAAGAACCAGGUGGUGGGUGAGGGAACCCAUUUUUUCAUACCAUGGAUACAAAGACCAAUAAUUUUUGACAUACGUUCAAGACCGAGGAAUGUGCCUGUUAUCACAGGAAGCAAAGAUUUGCAGAAUGUCAACAUAACUCUUCGUAUCUUAUUCCGACCUCUGCCGGAUCAGUUGCCACGAAUCUACACUAUCCUCGGAGUCGAUUACGAUGACAGAGUACUGCCGUCAAUCACCACAGAAGUACUUAAAGCUGUUGUUGCUCAAUUUGAUGCUGGUGAACUCAUCACUCAGAGAGAACUUGUGUCGCAAAAAGUGAGUGAAGAUCUAAUGGAACGUGCAUCACAGUUUGGUGUUAUAUUGGAUGACAUCUCAAUUACUCAUUUGACUUUUGGAAAAGAAUUCACCCAGGCUGUAGAACUCAAACAGGUAGCACAACAAGAAGCAGAGAAGGCACGCUUCUUGGUAGAAAAGGCUGAGCAGCAGAAGAAAGCAGCUGUUAUAUCUGCGGAGGGGGAUGCACAAGCCGCUCUGUUGUUGGCCAAGUCAUUUGGAGAAGCAGGAGAAGGUCUGGUAGAACUGCGACGGAUUGAAGCAGCAGAAGAUAUUGCAUAUCAGUUGUCAAGAUCUCGCCAAGUAGCAUACUUGCCACCUGGGCAGAAUGUGCUGCUGAACUUGCCAACACAAUAGAAAAAUGUGCCUGCUGCUUCCAUACAGCCUCACUAUUGAGUCCCUUGUGACAUCCAUGGAUCUGCAAAGGAAAUGAGUCAUUGGCAGAAUUGUUAAUGUUUCCAUUGUGGUUCAUCCUGUUCGCAUUUACAGAAAUGGAUUUGUGUGGUUCACUGGUAGUGUUAACAUUUAGUACUACAUUCAGUGUGACAGAAAGAUAUUUGUGUUACUGUGAAAGCAGGAAUUUGUAAUGUGUAAGCAUUUGCUGUGUAUUUUGUAGUGAAGACUGAUGAUAUGUCAGUGAGGAGUGGUUACCAAAUUUUUUUUAGCUUCUGGACAAGUUUGAAGCAAAGUUUUUAGAGGCAGUUAUAUAUUUGCUAGUGGAUCAUAAAUGCCCAUUUGUGGUGCUGUUAAUUGUAUUGAUACUUUCCUAAUUUCUGUUUCAAAUUAGAAUCAUUUCCUUUCACUUCCCUAAAGCCUUUUAUGUACUCUCAUGUAGAAGUUAUCUAUCAAAUAGAUAUGGUUAUUUUUGAGCAAAGCAAAUUUAAAUUGUGUGUUUCAUGUGUUGCACAACAGUAUUUUAAAUACUAAAUAUAUUUUUCAAUAUUGUACUCUGUUGUGCAAAGCAAUCAGUGAAAUGAAAUGUCUGGAUAGAUAGGUGAAAAUUUCAUAUUCAUCUGAUAAUUGUCCUAUACAGUUUUUAUACCUCCUCAUUAUGCUGUUCAAAUAGGCAGCCUAUCUUGUUGCAGUCUGUGUAUGGGUGGAAUUUGAGAGCAUUCUUAACAUUUUAGGAUGCCUUUCCCAAUGUAAAAUGUGUUGUUAUGAAGAGGGGGGAGGGAGCGAUAAAGCUUACAGAAGCAAU